GGGGAUGCUCAGCGCCUACCUGAGGAUGAAGUACCCGCACCUGGUGGCGGGGGCACUGGCAGCCAGCGCGCCCGUUCUAGCUGUGGCAGGCCUCGGCGACUCCAACCAGUUCUUCCGGGACGUCACGGCGGGAGCCUACGACAGGGUCCGCUGGGAGUUUGGUACCUGCCAGCCGCUGUCAGACGAGAAGGACCUGACCCAGCUCUUUAUGUUCGCCCGGAAUGCCUUCACCGUGCUGGCCAUGAUGGACUACCCCUACCCCACCGACUUCCUGGGUCCCCUCCCCGCCAACCCGGUCAAGGUGGGCUGUGACCGGCUGCUGAGUGAGGCUCAGAGGAUCACGGGGCUGCGAGCGCUGGCAGGGCUGGUCUACAACGCCUCGGGCUCCGAGCACUGCUACGACAUCUACCGGCUCUACCGCAGCUGUGCUGACCCCACCGGCUGCGGCACCGGCCCCGAUGCCAGGGCCUGGGACUACCAGGCCUGCACCGAGAUCAACCUGACCUUCGCCAGCAACAAUGUGACCGAUAUGUUCCCCGACCUGCCCUUCACGGAUGAGCGCCGCCAGCAGUACUGCCUGGACACCUGGGGCGUGUGGCCCCGGCCCGACUGGCUGCUGACCAGCUUCUGGGGGGGCGAUCUCAGAGCCGCCAGCAACAUCAUCUUCUCCAACGGGAACCUGGACCCCUGGGCAGGGGGCGGGAUUCGGAAGAACCUGAGCGCAUCAGUCAUUGCCAUCACCAUCCAGGGGGGCGCGCACCACCUCGACCUCAGAGCCUCCCACCCCGAAGAUCCUGUUUCUGUGGUUGAGGCACGAAAGCUGGAGGCCACCGUCAUCGGCGAGUGGGUAAAGGCAGCCAGGCGUGAGCAGCAGCCAGCUCUGCGUCAGGCGUCCGGACUCAGCCUCUGAGCACAGGACUAGAAGGGUCUCCAGGCUCCUCAUGGACGUGUGGGCUUCACUCAAGAAGCAGCUGGCGGCACAGGGAAGGAGCUGAAUAAAUGCCUGGAAGCCU